AUGGAUGAGGUCCUGAAGAUGAGUUUCAACAAACUGAGAGUCAUCAAAAGAAACACUUUUCUAGGGUUAUCGAGCUUGAUUCGAAUACACUUAGAUCACAACAAAAUUGAAUUCAUCCACCCUGAUGCCUUCCAAGGCCUGACAGCUCUUCGCCUGGUCAAUCUGGAAGGGAACCACCUACAGCGGCUCCACCCUGCUACCUUUGCGACGUUCUCCCUCCUAGAGCACUUCCAUAUCUCCACCUUGAAGCAUCUAUACCUUUCAAACAACAGCCUUGCCACUUUGCCCAGGCAGAUGCUGGAGAAGAUGACACAGCUGGAGAGUCUGUUCCUGCAUGGGAACCCGUGGGUCUGUGACUGCGGGUUAAAAUGGUUCAUUGACUGGAGCACACUUUCUUCAGAUGUGCUGAAGUGCAAGAAAGAUAAAGCUUAUCCAAAUGGUGAGCUGUGUCCAGCGUGUUCUUCACCAAAGCAUUUGAGAAGUAAAGAUAUCAUGGAACAAGAAGAAUUCACUUGCGCAGGUCCAGUCAUUAACUCACAUCGAGUCAGUCCUAUUCCCCAAGAUGUGGAGGGUGAAAUUCUCUCUUUGGAGCAUUUUAAAGGAACUUUCGGAAAUGUCACACUCAAUCUGUCCGAUGAGCAUGGGAACAAAGUCGAUCUUGACUGCAUUAUUAAUGAACCUCAGGAGUCUACAAAAAUCAGUUGGAACCACACAAACAGCCAACAGAUUACUGCAAACGUGACCAUCUUUGUGGAUUUUGAAUGUCCAAUAGAUCGGGCAAACUAUGAGAAAUUGUGGAAGCUCAUCGCCUACUACAGUGAAGUUCCUGUACAUCUACAGAGAGAAAUCCUGCUCACCAAAGAGCCAAAUUUAAGUUAUAGAUACAGACAGGAUAUGGAAAAAGAUGCCUAUUACUACACAGGGGUGAGAGCUGCCAUUAUGGCGCAGCCCUCAUGGCUGAUGCAGUCAUUUGUCAGCCUACAGCUGAAUAGACCUCAUUCGACUGGAAAACAUGUCAAGUUAAUCUUCAGCACUCGCUUUUCACAAGCGGUCGAAACAGAAAUGAUCAGAAGGGAAGAAAGGACAUGGGUUAUGAUAGAAUCAAAAAAUGACACCAGGACCAUGCUCAGUGCUGUUGUUGGAGGUACAAGUGAAAUGGAUUGCAAUGUACUCAGUUCUGGUCAUCCAGAUAUUACUUGGAUUCUUCCAGAUGGCUCAAAAGUGGUUGCACCUUAUACUAGUGCUAACAAUAGGGUUUCUGUCUCCAGUACAGGAAGACUGAUUAUUAAAUCAGUAGACCACUCAGAUUCUGGUGUGUACUACUGCACUGCUCAGGUGAGGGGUGACCUUGAUGUUCUUCCUUUUCGCCUUUCUGUUGAUGAUUCCUCAAGGCCUUCCCCAGGAAAUGAAGAAAGCUCCAAAGUGACUAAAUUAAGUGGGGAAACUCUCUCUCUGCCCUGUAGUGCUUCUGGUACCCCCAAUGCAGAGUUAAACUGGAUCCUUCCUGACAGCAGUGUGAUUAACUUUAAAGGCAGCUCAUCCAGGGCUUUUGUUUAUGCAAAUGGGACAUUACUUAUACCAGAGAGUCGUUUGACUGACAGUGGAUAUUACAAAUGUGUGGCAUUAAACUUGCAUGGCAUAGAUUCUGUGGCAACAAAUGUAAGUAUUAUACGGCGACAAGGGAUAAAGCCUUUGAGGAGGAUCCCCAUGCGACCCCAGCCUGCCUCAGGUAUUUCAACCAAAGUAAAAGCUUUGGUGGAAGAAGAUGAGGAGUCGUCUGGGGAUGGUGUUCCAGAAAGAGCAUCUUCUGUUCAUUCACAUUUGCAAAAUCAAAGGAGGGGUCAGAAGAGCAAUGUUCAAGGGCAUCCAUCAAGAAAUUCUUGGAGAAGACCAAUUCCACGGAGAAAACCAAAUGAGAAAGGUCCCCACAUGGACAAUGGAAAGAAUACAGUAGACCCAAGAAGAAGAAUUAAUACAUUAAAUAAAAAAAUAGACCCACAGCAAUGGGCUAACAUUUUAGCAAAAAUCCGUGACAGAAAUAAUCCGGGGAGCGAGAAAUUCAAGUCUGUUCCAACUAGUUUACCAACAACGACAGAGCAGAUUAUCAAAGUAUCUGAACCUAAUAAUGACUCUGAAGGAUCUUCCAUUGGUUAUACAAACUUACAGGAAGACAGAGAUUUUAUAGUCUCCACAAUACAGCCUCCAACUGAAAAUGUCAAGUACAACCUAAUCACAAAAGCCUCAAUAGCUGAAGACCAGAGCAGCCAUAUAUAUCAAAUAUCUGCCCCACAAACAAAUGUUAACUCAGAUGUUGUCACCACUAGUAGUUAUAUUUUACAUUCCACAUCUGAUCCACAAGUACCCAAUGAUAUUGUCACAAAAAAUUAUAACGAAGGGAAAUACAACACAGAUGUUAUACAUGUGACAGAACCUGUCCCAACAUGGAAAAUGCAUAGUAGCACGCUGGCCAGUAGUUCAUCUAUGGCAGCUCCCAAAGAUUUUAUAAGAUCUGGCAGCAAUAUUGAAUCAGAUGGAAGUAAUGAACCUACUAUGACACAAAGUUCAAAAGAUGAUGAUGAACUGUAUCAUGGCCAAGAUAAACAAGCAGAGAUAUUAUCACCUAAAGAUAAUUCCAAUGCCGUAACAAGUACAGAUAAUUAUGUAAAAACAAAUAUAUUAACAUUCCCUACAACAGCUCUACCUGAUUCCAAAUUAAAGGAUAUGAUCAACAAAAACAAUAGUUCUCUUCAACUGCUAAUACAAACUGCUGCCCCAAAUAAAAAACAGACAAGGCAGAGGUCUCAUUCCAACUUGGUCCCAUCACGCACAAGAAACCCAUUGAAUUCAAGGAGGGUUGGUGGUCGGAAAAGACCCAACAGACUAAAAUCAAGGCUAAAUAAGUCUAACUCAUCUCCACAGCUGCCCACUGCCAGAGUAUGGUUAACCUCAGUAUCUUUUCCAACAGUUAUGGCCAUUACUCCAACUCCCAGACCAGAAACACCAGACACCAAAUCUACAUUACUAAAAGCACCAAUCAUGGUUUCCAUAACUGGCCAUCAAGUGUCACCAAAUAGAAUGAGUCAGACUGAACAGACAGUCUCUUUAAAUCAUGACAGAAUUAACGCAAUAUCAAAAACCUCAGCAGAGCACAAUAUCUUAUCCAAAAGCCAGGCCAUUAGUAAGUCAAGCACCGAACCUCAGUAUAAUUUCAGAAGUUCCACAAUUACAGCAGUGACUCAAGAAGCUUCUAUUAGUCUGGUAAAUGGACCUAAUGAACAGAAUAAAAACAAAGAGGCCUCUGAAGCAUCUCCGACUUCGUUGGCAGGCCCCACAGUCCUUACAUUGGCAGCAGGUCAGGAAGAUUUUACGAGCAAUGGUCUUUCAGCACUUAAUGCUUUUGAAGAGACUUACAGUAAAAAGCCAGCUGAAGACGCGCAUUUGAUGCCAAGCUCUAGCAAUUCCACACAGAAUUUCCAUGUACAACCAGAAACUCCACCAAAACAAGGCCUCAUCAAAACAAACGAUAAGCAUAAAUACUUAAAUUCUGGAGGAAUGACAAAUAAUAAUAAAGACAUUGAAAAGAUGCCAUUCCUACCAGCUUCAAUGUCCACAUUAUUCCCUCCCACAAUAAGCACUAUGGAGAUAUAUAAUACAGCUGUCUCUUCAGAUUCACAAAGCCUCCAUAUUCCCACAAUUUCAAACAUUUUUGAAGAAAACCAAACACAGAAGGAAAUUCGGCCAAACCAACAAAACCAUGACCAAGUACUAACAAAAAUCCAAACAAUAGCUCAGUCAAGACCAAUUAUCACAAGACCAAAACCAAAAAUAAAUGGUGACGGUCCUACACCAACAAACCCACCAGCAAGAGAAAAGGAUAAAUUAUUGCCCAAGAAAGACGUCAUACCUAGAACAACUGCUACAGCUAAUGAAUUUAAGAGUGCAGCAACGUUUGCAUCAGUAAUCCAGGCGACUGAAUCAAGUGUCACUGAGGCAACUACCAUAUCAAAAGUGACACAUCCACCAGAAGUCAUCUUUACAGCAUCUUCUAAAUCUAAGCUUCUACCAGAUUCCCACUUAAACAGAAUGAAUAAUGGAUUAUUUAAUAGCUCAGGGAAUGAUGGUGUAAAGUAUGUUUCUGACAGACACUAUGGAACAACACUCAGCACAAACCCAUAUUAUCUCUCAGGGAUGCCUGAUCUUAACAGGACACAGGGUAGGACCCAACUACUUAGUAACUCCAGAUUAACUAUUCCAAAAUCAGGAAUCCUGACAACCCCUGCCACUGUACUAACAACCAGAAAGACUAUCACGACUGCUCCCACAAGUAUCUCCAGGACAAUAACAUUACCGACAAGGAUAACAGUUCAGCCGCAUGUUGGUCUGGGUGGUGACACCAAACUUACAAACACUCCAUCUAUCCCAUUUAUGUACAUAACUCAGCGUGUGUCCCAACACCCACAUCAAGAACCUUCAAGGCCAGUCCAACGUGGAAAGCCAAGAAUCACCACCACUAACCUCCCUAUGGUAUCUGUGCAUGCUGAGGUGGAUGCAGUCUUGCCCUGUGAAACCACUGGGGAGCCGAAACCUUUCCUCUCCUGGACUAAAGUCUCUACGGGGACCAUGCUUGCACUGAACACCAGGAUCCAGAGGUUCGAGGUGCAUCCGAAUGGGAGCCUCAUCAUCCGAAAUACACAACUGCUGGACCGUGGUCAAUACCUAUGUACUGUACAGAAUCAGUAUGGAGUGGAUAAGAUGAUGGUCACGCUGAUUGUUCUGGCACAGAAGCCCCAGAUGCUGCAGCCACAUGACCGUGACGUGACGGCGUACCUCGGGGACAGCAUCAAAAUACCAUGCCAGGCACACGGCUUCCCCACCCCCCGCAUCUCCUGGAUCAUGCCCGACAGGGCCGCCCUACAAUCGGCUGGCAGUGAAGAUCAGAGGGUUGCGCUCCUGGGCAAUGGCUCCCUUCACAUUAGGUCUGUAAGCUUCACGGAUCGCGGGAUUUACAAAUGCACAGCGGGCAACACGGCCGGCACAGAUUCUCUCUCUGUGCGGCUGCAAGUCCUCGCCCUGCCUCCCGUCAUCCAGCAGCAAAGUCGUGAGAACAUCACGCUCACUGAAGGCAGGGCGGCCUAUGUGCACUGCUCAGCAAAGGCGGCCCCCCCGCCCACCGUUCGCUGGCUCACGUUCAACGGCACACAGAUCCGCCCCUCUCAGUUUCUCAGCGGCAACCUAUUUGUGUUCCCGAAUGGCACGCUGUACAUCCAGAAUCUCUCACCCCGGCACACCGGCAGCUACGAGUGCGUGGCCAGCAAUGCCGUGGGCGUGUCCAGGAGGAGCGUGAGCCUGACAGUGACCAGGGUCUCCUCCACAGCCAAAAUCACCUCUGCGUCUCCACUGAACAAUGACGUCACAUAUGGAGGGAAGCUACGCCUCCACUGUACUGCUGCUGGAGAUCCAGGUCCAAAAAUCAUAUGGAGAACCCCAUCCAAGAAGCUAGUUGAUGAACAUUAUAGUUUUGAUCCUAGGAUCAAAGUCUUCAAUAACGGGACACUGACAGUCGAGGCAGUAACCGAAAAGGACGAGGGUGACUAUUUGUGUGUUGCCAGAAACAAAAUGGGACAUGAUUAUGUGCUUCUCAAGGUUAGUGUAAUGAUGAAACCGGCUAAGAUUGAGUACAAACAGCUGACCAAUCAGAAGGUGUCAUAUGGCGGAGCCUUAAAGGUUGACUGCAUCACAUCCGGCCUUCCCAACCCGGAGAUCAAGUGGAGUCUGCCAGAUGGUACCAUGGUAAACAGCAUCAUGCAGUCUGAUGACAGUGGAAUUCGCACCAGUAAGUAUGUGGUCUUUGACAAUGGGACCCUUUACUUUAACGAUGCAGGAAUGAAGGAGGAGGGAGAUUAUACCUGUUACGCUGAGAAUCAGAUUGGGAAGGAUGAGAUGAAAGUCCAUGUUAAAGUGGUGACAGCAGCUCCCGUCAUCAAAAACAAAACCUAUAAUACCGUAAGAGUUCCGUAUGGCGAGUCAGUGUCUCUAAGCUGCAGUGCUAAAGGGGAACCGAUUCCAACUGUUACGUGGUUUUCUCCCACAAACCGCGUUAUCGCACAUGUCUCAGAAAAGUACAAGGUGCAUAAUGACGGGACAUUGGUGAUCCAGAAAGCCCAGAGGUCUGACAAUGGCAACUACACCUGUACGGCACGCAACACUGCAGGGCAGGAUCGAAAGGUCAGCAGAGUAGAAGUGCUAGUCUCUCCGCCUACUAUUAAUGGCCUGAAGAAUGUGGUGAACAUAGUCCGCCAGACGGCCUUUAAGGAUCGGCCUACACUGUUGGACUGCAGUGCAGAGGGCAUGCCCGUGCCCAGGGUUUUGUGGAUUUUGCCGGAGAAUGUUGUCCUCCCCUCUCCAUACUCUGGGAGUAGAAUAACAGUCCAUCGUAAUGGAACUCUGGAGAUCCGGUUCCUCAGGAAAACAGACUCGGUUGAGCUGAUCUGUAUUGCCCGUAACGAGGGAGGGGAGGCAAGGUUAGUGGUCCACCUGGAUGUGAAAGAGGUUGUAGAGCUGCAGAAACCACAGCUGAAGAAUCCUAGAGCUGAGACCAUGUUGCUCAUUAUUGGGAAAGCCAUGAGUCUCAACUGCACUUUUGAGGGUACUCCAACUCCAGAGAUUACCUGGAUUCUCCCCAAUGGUUCCCCGCUUCAGCGUGGGACCCAGUCCUCCAGGUUGUUCCAUUCAAUAGAUGGAUCUCUGCACAUCCAGAAUCCCACGGUGUCGGAGGCUGGGACGUAUCGUUGCAUGGGCCGAAAUCCAGCAGGAUACAGUGAACGAACCAUCACCCUGGAACUUGUGAGAAAUCCAGAAAUCAGCAACAAGUACAACACCAUAAUGAACACUGUCUAUGGUGAGAACAUUCUGCUUCAUUGCCUUUCCAAUGGUAACCCACCUCCUAAGCUGUCCUGGACCCUACCCAGUGGUGUGGUCUUAACCAGGCCACAGAGGAUGGGCCGUUACAUGGUUAUGCAGAACGGAACCCUUAUGGUACAGCAGGCCACUGUGUACGACAGGGGAACUUACACCUGUAGGUCAAGCAACGAGUAUGGUGCUUCAUUGCUUUCAGUACCCGUGAUGGUGGUUGCCUACCCACCCCGCAUCACCAGUGGGCCCAGCCCCGUUACCUAUGCCCGGUUUGGUGUCGCAAUUCAGCUCAACUGCAUGACCAUGGGAAUCCCAAAAGCUGACGUGAUCUGGGAGCUGCCCAAUAAGACGCAGAUAAUGGCCAGCAGCCAGCCACGUCUUUUUGGGAACAAGUACCUGCACCCCCAGGGGUCGCUGAUCAUCCAAAACCCAUCGAGGAGCGACAUGGGCUCCUACAAAUGUACCGCUAAAAAUGUAGUGGGAAGUGACUCUAAAACAACCUACUUACAGGUGUUCUGAUUAACAGACCUAUUCAGGUGCCCAUGAAACUGCAGAUGUGCAUGCAGUAUAUUCUGGUAAAGGAGACUUCUUGAAGACAAACAUUAAAGUACAUUAUGAGCUAAAAGCCGAAUCGUGUCAAAGCAAUUAUCUGCUCCAUUAGGUUUUUUUUUCUUGGAAGACAAUAAGAUGGUGCAUGAAAAAUUGGCUGUUUAUCUGGAGUAUUUCAGGGAUUAAAAUAAAAACUGCUGUUGAGGUGUCCAUCACCAGCCCUAAAACAUAAUUCAGUGUCAAUUAGGAAAAGUUUAUUAUGGCAUUUUAAUGAAAUGAAACUUUCUAUGAAUUUUUGUGAAUAAUAUAAAGUAAUUCAGAAAUCUCUUCAAACAGUGGACUUACGGGCUAAUGUGUAUUGGCAUUUUGUAUUUAUGUAUUCAGAUUUUUCUUUUUGUUUUGAUUGAUUGCCUUAUUUCUGGUUAUUUUAUUAUUUUUCAGAGGAAAAUCAGCCCCAUCAUUUGCUUAUAUUUGUGUGCUACAUCUAGGACUGUCCAAAAAGAGUAUUUUUAAAUGUAGAAAUGAUCAGCAUGCCCUGUCCAUCCAUUUUGAAUCCAAUUUAGCAAGCUCUUUAUAAUUCAUAGCACGGUCUAUUCUGUUUUCCUCACUUUCACUUUCACAAUUCAUGAACGGCCAUAAAACAGAAGAUGUCCUUAUAAACAUGAAAUAAUAAAGUACAGAGCUUCACAGUCCCUUAUUAAUGUUAACUGACAAUGAAAAACAGUUCUUGUUUUACAGAAUAGAGUAGUAAUGACAUUGUACAGUAAUUUAUGUAUGACUUUAUGGUGGUUUUAGCACAUAAAACAACUUAAUAUUCCUAUCUUCAACAUACUGUACUGUUUCUGUUUUUAAAUUAUUUGUCUUUGGAAGACUUUUGCAUUUAAAUAUGUUUAAGGUAAGUGAAGAUCAUCUUGAAGUCCACUGUAAAGUAACCGUCAUGUUUUAUAUAUUUUAAUUGUUUUUAAUAAAGCAGAAAAUGGUAUGUA